AAGCAGUCAAAUCAAAGGACUGAACCUUCCCCGGAGACUCGGGAAGCUCUCACACACAGGAAACUGUUACUAGAAAGGCUGUACAAUGUCCGACUUUGACAGCAACCCGUUCGCAGACCCGGAUUUCAGCAAUCCCUUUCAGGAUCCCUCGGUGACCCAGGUGACACAAUCUGCCCCUCCUGGUGGUCUGGAGGAAUAUAACCCCUUCACAGACGCCAGAACGGCAGCCCCGGGAAAUGCCCCCAAAUCCACUCCUGCCCCUGCGCAGAACACGCAACCUGCCAUCAUGAAGCCCACAGAAGAGCCGCCGGCUUACUCACAGCAACAAACGCAGCGGCGUAAUGAGGAUCAAGCGCGUGCUCAGGCUGAGUUAUUGAGAAGGCAGGAGGAGCUGGAGAAGAAAGCAGCAGAGCUUGAUCGUCGGGAGAGAGAGUUACAGUCGCACGGAGCCGCGGGAGGGCGUAAGAACAACUGGCCUCCCUUGCCAGAGAAGUUCCCUGUUGGCCCUUGUUUCUACCAUGAUAUUGCAGUGGAUAUUCCCGUAGAGUUCCAGAAGACUGUCAAGAUUAUGUACAACCUUUGGAUGUUCCAUGCAGGCACACUCUUUGUGAACAUGUUUGGCUGCCUGGCCUGGUUCUGUGUGGAUGCAACUCGUGGUGUAGAUUUUGGCCUGGCCAUGCUAUGGUUUCUGCUGUUUACUCCUUGUUCUUUCGUCUGCUGGUACAGACCGCUCUACGGGGCUUUCAGGAGUGACAGCUCAUUCCGCUUCUUUGUCUUCUUCUUCGUCUACAUCUGUCAGUUUGGAGUUCAUGUUCUACAAAGUAUUGGCAUCACUGGUUGGGGAACAUGCGGCUGGAUCGCAGCUUUAACUGGUCUGAACACCAGUAUCCCAGUGGGGAUCAUCAUGUUACUGAUCGCAGCCCUGUUCACUACGCUGUCCGUGGGCUCGCUCAUUAUGUUUAAAAAGGUGCACGCGCUGUAUCGUACCACUGGUGCUAGCUUUGAGAAGGCUCAGCAGGAGUUUGCAACUGGCGUCAUGUCAAACAAGACCGUUCAGACUGCAGCUGCCAACGCUGCAGCUAAUGCUGCAACCAACGCUGCUCGUGGGGCCUUCAAACCUCAACCAUAAACUGAGACACAUGCGUGGCACACAUGCUCACACAUACAAGCAUAUACGCACACGCACACACACACUGACAAGAUGGAGACGCACAACUCUGGCCCUGCUGGCUCUCGGAUCAAGUUGAUUAUACUUAUGAAUGUUACUGUGCUAAGGUUGCCCUGCACACUUUGCUCACAAAGUGUCAAGUAAAAUAACAAACAAGGGACCAGAGUUGUCCAUCUUCAUUUAAACUCAUGUAUCAGUAAAAAAAAAAAAAAAACUCUCCUACAUCUACCCUGUCUGCUUUUCAGUCAGGUGACUUGUCUGCUCACAUCCCUGAAAACAUCCACCAAGUGACUCGAGGUGUGCUCUGAGUUUGUGGGAUCUCAUCUCACACACUUACACACUCCUCCGCUUCCUUCGUUCUUCUGUCCCCUUGAGGUGAUCCCAGGUCAGGCAGAGGUCGCCGUACUAGCAUACCUUAUUUUUGUCAUGGUGAUGACCUCCAAACAGCUUCCUGCCUGAUAAAAUACAGUGUAGAGUCAUGAAAAGUGAUAAUCUGAUCAUGGUGGUUUGCACAUAGUUCUGUUUUCUCGCCCACAUACUGAAAGUACAGUGUAUGUUUGAAUGGCUGGGCCUUUGUGCGAAUGUGCGCUUCACUUUAAAAAAAAAAAAAAUUGUGGCUCUGACUUGUCUUUUUGUUUCUUUCAUAAUACAAUCCAGCUUGGUCAUUGAGCUCUCAGAGGUAAAUUGUACCUAUAUCAGUGCUUCUAUUGUGAGACAAAUACCAUCGCCAUUAUGGUAAAGGUUACGUCAUAUAAAUAGGAAUAUGUCUGAAUGUUCUUUUUUAAGGACCCCCCAGCGACACAAUUAUUCCUGCUCUGUGUGCUACUUUGAUGGGCUGGUUUAGCAUUUCUAGAGUUGACAGCAUGAUCGCGACAUGCAUGUUUAGCACACUCCAGGUGGCGAUUUCUUUAACAAACUCAUUCUGUCCACUGCCUUUUUUUCCAGGCUACAGGGGGUAGCUGGUUUUGUUGGGGGAGUGUCAGCCCACUUACUGUCCCCUUGGCUUUCUGUGAGAAGUGAUUGCAUGUCCCAGCAGCCGUUUGACUGAUGAUGGUUCAACUCUCAGCUUUCCUGGCCUGGUGUGCUAAAAGGAGGGGAAAAGCUUAGAAACAUUAGCAUUUUCCUUUAUCUGUGUAUCACAUUAACACACUACUAUGUGGCUCUCCCUCAGUCAUUUUUGUAGCUCUUCAUACUUGGUUAAAAACUAACGCUGCUAUGAAUACAAGAGCGGUCAUAUCUCUUGUUGAAAAUACAUCGGGAGAACCGAGAGAGCUAACCUGCCUUUUCUCACUAAAAAAUGAACUGGACAGUUGGUGAAGCUAUGAUAUUUUUUCUUGGGAUUAACCUGGCAUACAUGGAAUAGUUAAAACACUGAUACUGUGUAUAUGUACACUCCAUAAGCUAACAGUCUGUUUCCAUUGAUUUUUCUCUGUUAGUAGUUACUGGGAGAUUACUGGAGUUUUAUAGCCAAAAUGAACAUUAAUAUAACGGAGGACUGGACAUGAGGCACAUUCAAUGAUAUCACUACAAUAUGUUAAUUUAUAUACAAUUAUAACAGUGUUACUCAGCACUAAGUUGUACAAACUACUGUCACUGAAGUGAAAUGUGGACGUUGGGUACAUGUUUUGUUGUGCUUUAGCACCUCUCAUAGUGGUGGUGAUUGUCUGAAGAUGUGCAUGAUAGACGACCGAUGACUGGUACUGCUGUUAUUACAAAUGUAUAUAGUGAUAUAGUGGGUGGACGAAAUACUCCUGCAAAUGUUAGGAAGCUGAAGGUCAUGAGAAAACAAGCCUGCAUCUCGGCAGUAUUUUUUUUCCUUUUCUUUGAGAUGUCUUUCUUUAAAAUUCAUUGCACAUUUCUUGUUUUAUGUUGAACUUAGUGCAAAACAAAAACAUGUUUUUAUUUAUGGUGUAAUUUAAGUUUGCGUUUCAGUCUUGUUUGGUUUGAUUUUACAUUAUGUGCUUUUGUUUGUGUGGUUUUGUAACGACUCGGUCGAAGCAUCAGCUAGACUUAAAAAAAACAAAAACAGUGUUCAAUGACUUUGCAACUGGACCCUGCAAGAGGUGUGCUUGUUGUAUGAGGAUGUGUGAAUAUGAUGGGUAUGAAAGAAGAAGAAAAAUCUCCCUCAAGUGUUAUUCUAUGUCCUGAAAAGCUGUGAGAAAUCUACCAAAUGUCCAUAUAGAUUUGUUUUCAAAUCUUGGUUUGUGAUGUGUUCCCUUUCCAUGACAUUUCUUUGCUACAUGCACCCACACGACUCCCAAGUAUCUUCAGUUGCUAUACGAAGCCAUGCCACAGAGGGUCAUUUCUUGAUGUAUUUGGAGAGCUGGUCCGCAGUACAGAGCGACGUGUUUGAAGUUUGCUGACACAAAACUGUGUUUUUGGCCCGUGACCAUGUUAUUUCACUGAAUCAGAGAAAGAAGCUCAUCCAAAAGGGACACUUGUAUAUUUUGUAAAGUUGAAAAUUUGAUCCCCAUUAUCAAUCACAUGUAAAAAGAAAAAGUAAUGCACUCUUGUCUGGCCUUUGUCGCAUGUGAAAUAGUUUGAGUUUUGUAUAUUUAUGGUAUUAACAUGAAAUAAAAUUUGAAAGAAACA